AAAAGAUUCUCUGUUUGACACGGCGCACCUUGAGAAAUAUCACUCUCUCAUAAAACUGAAACUACAAACCAAAAAAAAGAAGCAGAAAUGGCGGUGCCGGGGGCAGUUGUGCCGAUGAGAAUUGAGGUUCUUCACCUUUACCGUACACUACUGCGAGUGGGGCGUCAGUUCAGCGACUACAACAUCGGGGAGUACUCAAAACGUCGAACCAUGGACGCGUUUCGAGACAACAAGAACUUAACCGACACUCGUCUGUUGUCCGCCGCUUUCUCCGACGGUAAAGCACAGCUGGAAGUCGCCAAGAAACAAGCCAUCGUCUAUUCCCUCUAUGCUCCAAAGGUCAAAAGCAUCCUUGAUUUUUAAACCCUCUUUUAUUUAUAUAUAUACACACAUAGAACACUAUUACUUUUUUUAAGGAUAAAGAAUGUACUUUGGAUGAAAAUAUUGAGUUUUUAUGGUUAUG